AGUGGGAAAGAGAGGCGGCGGGUGUGUUGGUUCCCCGGGGGGGGCGAUUUUGCUUGGCUUCCCCCUAGAAAGGCAGGUGUGCCCUUCACAGAUCCUCCAGCGGUUUAGCUCAAGGUCCCCACACGAGGUGUAAGGGAAUCCACCGCAAACGACCUGGGUUUUUCAUUAUGCGUUGGAGCUUUAGGCCGAUGUGUGUUGGGGGUUAAAAAAAAAAUCCACUUUUUGCAACGGUAUCUUUGGGCAGUUUCAGACCCGCAGUAGAGCCUCAGUAAAACCUGCUGCAUGGGACAGGUCCUGGAGAAGGAGAGACGGAGUGGAGUGACCAUCUUCAGAGAUCAGAACUGGAGGUCUCCUAGAAGAGGGAGGGAACUUGUCCUCUGUCUCCUGCUCCUGAGGGCAAGAUCAGCACCAAUGCAUUGAAAAGACAAGGAUGCAGAUUUAGGCCAGGCAUUUGGAAGAAGGUGCCAACUGGGAGAGGAGUUGGACAGUGGAACAGCCUGCCUUGGGCGGUGGUGGGCUUCCCUUCCCUGCAGGGUCCAAGCACUGCAGAGGCUGGACAGGAAUCUGCCAGGGAUGCCGUAGCCCUGGGCAGGGGGUGGACUGGAAGACCUCUGAGGUCCCUUCCAGCUCUCACAUUCUAGGAUCAUCAUUGUGAACUGCAGAUUUGUGCUCCUUUGGCUUACCCUAGCAUCACUGCAUAUGACAGUCUUUGCAAGCGAUGGAUCCCUGAGAUUGAAAAAGAAGGAAAUCUGUGGUUUCUCUCUUCUGUACUUGCAUACAACAGGAUUGUGUGCAGUGAUUGAGGAGAAGGAACCUCAUGACACCUGGCCAAAAAGCUCAGAUGAUGGUAAGGGAGAUAGCACAUGCUGACACCAGGUGAGGGACUUGGGGUAUAGGUGUCUGUAUACCAAUGCCAGAAGCCAAGAUGGGUGAGCUGGAGUGCUUGGUUGCUAAUGAAAACAUCGAUAGAGUGGGUGGAAUGGAAACCAGGUGGAACGGUGAGAACCAGUGGGACAUGAUUAUUCCUGGAUAUAAGCUCUACACCCCUUCUAACUUGGCAAAGAGGCACCUUUUAACAUGGUGAUUCUCUUUUAUUUAGCAGGGGGAGAGUAACUGGCCCUCUCCACCCACAGCACAGGACCUCCAGUGACUGUGGCUGGCGUCUAUCUUAUGUUUCUUUUUAGAUUGUGAGCCCUUCAGGGACAGGGAUCCAUCUUAUUUAUUUGUUUGUUAUUUCUCUGUGUAAACUGCCCUGAGCCAUUUUUGGAAGGAUGGUAUAGAAAUCGAAUUAUUAUUAUUAUUUCUUGUUUACACAGUCAGACAGGUGUUAUUGACUGGUUUGUUUUAUCCAGACAUCGAGUCCUUCCCAAGGACCUGGGUUGGCUGGAUUUUAUUGUCAAUGUUGUUGCUGUUGUUAUAGAUAUUGUCGCAGAAUAUAGGCUGUUCCCAGUAAAGCUGCUUUUUGUAAUUGGUGAUUUCUGUGGCCUCUAUGGUAUUGAGGUGCUUUUCAAGGUCUUUUGGAACUGCACCCAGGGUGUCAAUUACCACUGGGAUUAUUUUGGUUUUUUUCUGCCACAGCCUUCCAAUUUCAAUUGGUAGAUCUUUGUAUUUUGUGAUUUUUUCUAUUUCUUUUUCUUCUAUUCUGCUAUCCCCUGGUAUUGCUAUGUCGAUUAUUUUAACUUGUUUUUCUUUCUUCUCGACUACAGUUAUAUCUGGUGUAUUGUGUGGCAGAUGUUUGUCUGUUUGUAGUCGGAAGUCCCAUAAUAUUUUUACAUCUUCAUUUUCUUCAACUUUUUCAAUUUUAUGGUCCCACCAAUGUUUGGCUACAGGUAGCUCGUAUUUUUUGCAGAUGUUCCAGUGUAUCAUCCCUGCUACCUUGUCAUGCCUUUGUUUGUAGUCAGUCUGUGCGAUCUUUUUACAACAGCUGAUCAGGUGGUCCACGGUUUCAUCUGCUUCUUUACAAAGGCGGCACUUGCUGUUUGUUGUGGAUUUUUUUGACUUUUGCUCUUAUUGCAUCUGUUCUAAGUGCCUGUUCUUGUGCAGCCAGUAUUAAACCCUCUGUUUCUUUCUUCAAGUUGCCCUUCUUAAGCCAUUGCCAAGUCUUGGUGAUGUCUGAUUUCCCACUUAUAUUGUGCAAAUAUUGACCAUGCAGGGGCUUAUUUCUCCAUUUUUCUGCUCAGUUCUUGACUUGUUCUUUUUUGUAGGCCUUUUUUCUUUCAUUGGUGUUGAAUAGUUUCUCGUUAUUGACCAUUUGAAGUGCAUCUUCUUCACUGUCCUUAAUAUAUUCUUCAAGGCAAUAUAUUCAAAGCACAUGAAAAGCAUGUUCUUUUUUUAAUGUAAGCACAUGAAAAGCAUGUUCUUCUUUUAAUUCUCCAGACUGCCUGUCCCUUCCAGCUUUCCUUUCACCAACCUCUUCAUUCUUGAGCAGUUUCCUUUUCUGAAGCCCAAAGUGUCCAUAUUGAACUUCGUAGCAGGUGAGAGUUGGGAGAGGAACAAUGAGGGGAAACCCAGCAGAGGAUUUAUGAGUGAUUCCAGAUGGAAUAAAAAGGAGCACAGACUAAAAACUGGAGCAAAACGGAAGAAGUCCAAAAGACUGCGCAGAAAGUAAGAAGAAAAAAAAGAUCCUGUGCUCUCCGUGCAGCAAAAGCUUUCCUUCUAAACCUAGACUUGAUUUAAAAUGCAGUGGAAAAUGCAAGCAGAUGAGAAAUUAUAUGAAUGUUUGGGCUGUGGAAAGUGCUUUGGCCAGAGAGAACAUCUUAUCAUGCACAACAGAACGCACACUGGGGAGAAACCACAUACAUGUUUUGAGUGUGGAAAGAGCUUCAGCACGAGGGGAAAUCUUAUUAUACACAACAAAACACACACUGGAGAGAAACCACAUGAAUGUGUGGAGUGUGGGAAAAGCUUCAGCACGAGUGGAAAUCUUAAUCAACACCAAAGAAUCCACACUGGGGAGAAACCACAUCAGUGCUUGGAGUGCACAAAGAGGUUCAGCACGAGUGCAGCUCUUAUCAUGCAUCACAGAACCCACACUGGGGAGAAACCACAUAAAUGCUUGGAGUGCAGAAAGACCUUCAGCUCGAGUGGAAAUCUUACUAAACACUACAGAACCCACACUGGGGAAAAACCACAUAAAUGCCUAGAGUGUGGAAAGAGCUUCAGCUCGAGUGGAGAUCUUAAUAAACACCAUAGAACCCACACUGGGGAGAAACCUUAUAAAUGCUUGGAGUGUGGAAAGAGAUUUAUCACGGGUGGAGUUCUUAAUAAACACCACAGAAUCCACACUGGGGAGAAACCACACAAAUGCUUGGAGUGUGGAAAGAGCUUCAGCUCGAGUGGACAUCUUACUAUACACCACAGAACCCACACUGGGGAGAAACCACACAAAUGCUUAGAGUGUGGAAAGAGUUUCAGCCGGAGAGGAAAUCUUAUUACACACCAUAGAAUCCACACUGGGGAGAAACCACACAAAUGCUUGGAGUGUGGAAAGAACUUCAUCACGAGUGGAGUUCUUAAUAAACACCAUAGAAUCCACACUGGGGAGAAACCAUACAAAUGCUUGGAGUGUGGAAAGAGCUUCCGCUGGACUGGAGAUCUUGCUAAACACCAUAGAAUCCACACUGGGGUGAAACCACAGAAAUGCUUGGAGUGUGGAAAGAGCUUCAUCACGAGUGCAGCUCUUAUCAUACACCACAGAAUCCACACUGGGGAGAAACCACAUCAAUGCUUGGAGUGCGGAAGGAGCUUCAGCACGAAUGGACAUCUGACUCUACACCACAGAACCCACACUGGGGAGAAACCACACCAAUGUUUUGAGUGUGGUAAGAGCUUCAGCACGAGUGGACAUCUUACCAUACAUCACAGAACCCACACUGGGGAGAAACCAUAUAAAUGCAUUGCAUGUGGCAAGAGCUUCAGUGGGAUUGGCGUUCUUACCAGACAUCACAGAACCCACACUGGGGAGAAACCACAUCAAUGCUUGGAGUGCGGAAAGAGUUUCAGCAGGAGUAGUCAUCUUACAUUACACCACAGAACCCACACUGGGGAGAAACCACAUCAAUGCUUGGAAUGCGGAAAGCGUUUCAGCACGAGUGGACAUCUUACCAGACAUCACAGAACCCACACUGGGGAGAAACCACAUCAAUGCUUGGAGUGUGGAAAGAGGUUCAGCAGAAGUGAAAAACUUACUACACAUCACAGAACCCACACUAGGGAGAAAGCACAUCAGUACUUGGAGUGUGGAAAGAUCUUCAGCACGAGUGGAGAUCUUAAUAAACACCAUAGAACCCACAGUAGGGAAGAGCCCCACAAAUGCUUGGAAUAUUGAAAGAGCUUCUGGAAAAGGGGAGCUCUUACUAUACACUAUAGGACCCACACUGGAAGAUGGAAGGCUCACCUUACAGCACACGUGUACAUUCAAACAGAGUCAGAAUCAUACACAUGAAACUGCAGACAAGCUGAAAAUCUCCCUCAGAUUAUGAAAUAUAAACCCUUGUGAGAUUUCUGCUUCUGAUUUAUUUUUCUUCCCUCUGAGGGAAAUUCAUAGUUUUGUGUCUGUAUUUUGAAUACAUGUGCAUAAUUCCUUCAAAGUUAUCAAUAAAUAUUAGUUUUUCACAGUA